UUUUCUUUCUUUCUUUUGCUUUCUCAUCUCUUUCUUUCUCUUUUUUUCUUUCUUUCUUUUUUUUCUUUUUUUUCUUUCUUUUCUUUUUCUUAUGUUUGUUUUUUUACUUUCUUUCUUUUCUUUUUUAUUUUCUUUUCAGUCUAUGUUUCUUUCUUUUUUUUUUUCUUUCUUUCUUUUUUUUUCUUUCUUUUUUGUCUUUUUCUUUCUUUUCAUGUUUGUGUCUUUUUCUUUCUUUUUUUCUGUUUCUUUCUUUUUCUUUCUUUCUUUUUUUUUUUUUCUUUCUUGCUUUCUCAGUAUGUUUGUUUCUUUUUUACUUUCUUUUCUUUCUCCAGUGUUUUUCUUUCUUUCUUUUUCUUUCUGUUUUCUUUCUUUUCUUUCUUUUUUUUUUCUUUCUUUUUCUUUUUUUUCUUUUUUUCUUUUUUUCUUGCUUUUCUUUCAUGUGUUUAUUUCUUUUUCAGUCUGUCUCUUUUCUUUCUUUUUUCUUUUUCUUUCUUUUUCUUUCUUUCUUUUUUCUUUCUUUUUUCUUGCUUUCUCAUCUAGUCUUUCUCUUUCUUUCUUUUUUUCUUUCUUUCUUUUUCUUUUCUUUUUUUUUUCUUUCUUUCUUGCUUUCUCAGUAUGUUUGUUUCUUUUUUUUUCUUUUCUUUCUUUCUUUUUUCAGUAUGUUUGUCAGUGUGUUUUAUUUCUUUUUUUCUCUUUCUUUCUUUCUUUUUUCUUUCUUUUUCUUUCUUUCUUUCUUUUUUCUUUCUUUUUUUUCUUUCUUUCUUUCUUGCUUUCUCAUUUCUUUCUUUUUUUCUUUCUUUCUUUUUUUUUUCUUUCUUUUUUUCUUUCUUUCUCUUUAUUGUGUUUAUUUCUUUUCAUUUUCUAUUUCUUUCUUUUUUCUUUUAUUUUUUUCUUUUCUUUCUUUCUUUUUUCUUUCUUUUUUUUUUUUCUUUCUUUCUUGCUUUCUCAUCUAUCUCUUUCUUUCUUUCUUUUUUCUUUCUUUCUUUUUUCUUUCUUUCUUUUUUCUUUCUUUCUUGCUUUCUCAUCUAUCUCUUUCUUUCUUUUUUCUUUCUUUCUUUUUUCUUUCUUUCUUUUUUCUUUCUUUCUUUUUUCUUUCUUUCUUUCUUUCUUUCUCAUUUAUUUCUUUUUUUCUCUAUCUUUUUUUUUCUUUCUUUUUUUUCUUUCUUUUCUUUUUGUUUGUAUGUUUUUUUUUCUUUCUUUCUUUCUCAGUAUGUUUAUUUCUUUUCAGUCUAUCUCUUUCUUUUUUUUCUUUUUUUUUUUUUUUCUUUCUUUUCUUUUUUUUCUUUUUUUUCUUGCUUUCUCAUGUGUUUUAUUUCUUUUCUUUCUUUCUUUCUUUCUUUCUUUCUUUUUCUUUUCUUUCUUUUUUUUUUCUUUUUUUUCUUUCUUUCUUUCUUUCUUUUGCUUUUCUCAUCUUUCUCUUUCUUUCUUUCUUUUUUUCUUUUUCUUUCUUUCUUUCUUUUUUUUCUUUCUUUCUUGCUUUUCUCAUCUCUUUUCUUUCUUUUUCUUUUUCUUUCUUUCUUUUUCUUUCUUUUUCUUUCUUUCUUUCUUGCUUUCUCAGUAUGUUUGUUUCUUUUUUUUACUUUUUUCUUUCUUUGUAUUUUCUUUCUUUCUUUUCUUUCUUUCUUUCUUUUUUUUUUCUUUCUUUCUUUCUUUUUUUUCUUUCUUUCUUGCUUUCUCAUCAAUCUCUUUCUUUCUUUCUUUUUUCUUUCUUUCUUUUUUCUUUCUUUCUUUCUUUUUCUUUGUUUUUGAUUUUCUUGCUUUUCUCAGUGUGUUUAUGUUGUGUGAUCUUUUUCUUUCUUUCUUUCUCAGUGUGUUUCUUUCUUUUUUUCUUUUUCUUUCUUUUUUUUUUUUUCUUUCUUUUUUCUUUUUUCUUUCUUUCUUUCUUGCUUUCUCAUCUAUCUUUUUUCUUUCUUUCUUUUUCUUUCUUUCUUUUUCUUUUUUCUUUUUCUUUCUUUCUUGCUUUCUCCAUCUAUCUCUUUCUUUCUUUCUUUUUCUUUUUUCUUUUUUCUUUCUUUUUUUUUUCUUUCUUUCUUGCUUUCUCAGUAUGUUUGUGUGA